GGCACGGCCCACGUGGUGCAGCGCAACCAAGCACAUGGCAGCCGGGCAGCAGGGGCAAGAUUUCGCCCUCGUGCCCCAUCAUGUGCAGAUGAUGCUGCGGGGUGCAGGUGGAGGGCGUGGCCGCCAUGGCAUUGCAAGGCCGCCUGCGUGAUCUGUGGUGAGUGGCGGAGCGGGGGGGCAGAGCGGGGGUUUGGGGGCACUUGAUCUCUAAAAGGUUCGCCAUCACUGACCUAAAGCAGGCUCAUUUUGCUGGAUCUAAUAGGAUGAGUAGAGACCACUGGAGAGAGGCAGUUCUUCAAGUAUCCGGCCCCAGCCAUGAGGGGCUUUAUAGAUGACAACUAACACCCUAAAUUGCACUUGGAAAUCAGCUAGGAGCCAAGGCAGCUUGCAAAAUAAAGGUAUAAAGGUAUAGCAUGGGCAAAUCAGGAAACGUUCGUAAUUAUUCUCUUAUAUGAAUCUUUUAGCAGCUAAAAAGUUAGAAGAGAAAAGAAGAAUGCAAGAUUAUUUUUCCGACAAUGUCUUCUAUUUGCUGCUAAAAGCCUAAAGGCUGAAAUAAGCCUAUUUAUAAUCAACAGCACAGUAAUAUCUACACAUCUUGUUUACCAAAGCUGGUUCGCUUCCUUAAAAGGUCAUCAGAAUGACAAUGAAAAAAAAUCCAGGAAAAAAAACCUCAGGUUUUAACAUUAUUAUUUGAAUUGUCAUUUUUGUUGAAUGCCAAAACAAGGGACAUAAGUGGUUAAGGAAAUCCAUCACAAAAUGCUCACAUUUCAUGUUAACAAUUAACUCGUUUCAUGUGACUGAAACCACAUAAAAAUGGACAAACUUAAUGACUGAACCUGCCUUGAAGGGCAAUGGAUCCUAAGAACAUUUCCCCUCAUUUCUUAACUUUGGCUUUAAACCAUCUGUCUUUCCAAUACUGGGUGAGUGUACAAUUUCUGAAUCUUUAAGAAUGAAUUGUUUUAAAAUUUGAACCAGCUGUAACAUUACUAGAAAUUAUUUGGUGCAAUCAUUUACUUUGGCAAUAAGCCCCACUGAACUCAAAGGAACUUACGGCUGACGAUUGCAUUCAAAACUGGUAUAUAUUCAGAUUCAAUCAUUCCCCAUUUAAUUGUAAUCCAAAACAUUUUGCCGAGUAUAAGUGUUUUAAAAGUGUUCCCAGUUAGAAAACAAAUACAUUUUAAAUUAAAUAGAAGAAAUAUGGUAUGUUUAAUGAAAUUUUAAGGAUUUUUACUCUCUAUCAUCUACAUCCUUGAGAAGAACUGCUGGUUUGUAAAUUCCUCUCCUUUUAAGCUGUUAAAUGAGGAACACCUCUAAGUUGAUAGAUCAAAUGCUUUAAAUAAACAUUUACGAUAAUUUAUAUUGAGAGUGAUUAAAAGUGUGUGGAUCCUUCCCAACAACUAAAUGGUUAACCUUCCUAAAGGUCUUGGUGCCUAUUUCACUUUUAAUUUUAAUGAGAGAGGGAUAUUUUAAAUAAUAAGCAAAAGUAUACUAUAUUAGUGGUCAUCACUUCUGUUGAAGAACUUGGCAAUUCUUAUAUAAGUUUUAUAUCAAAUAAUUUUUUAUGCCAAUUAUUUCUUUUAAAAAAUGAAAAUACUUUCAUUUGCUCUAGAAUUCAUUAAUUCAGAUCAUUAAUUUUAGAAGAGUGAAAGUAUUGUUGCUUAUAAUCCCACAACCAAAUUCUGUUUGAAAAAUUGUUCACUAUUAAUCCCAAUUUGGACUUUAGGCUGAAUGAUAAUUGUCCCAUAUUAUUUAGAGAAUACACAAAAAAGCUCAUUGAUUCUGAACUGGGCCAUCUGUUUGUAUAUUCUAAAAUAUGUGUAAUCAAGAUUAAAUCUCAAUCUACACAUUUUAUACAAAGUAUUAUACAUGUAUAAUGGUAAUAAUCCAAAACUGAUUAUGUGCCUUACAAAGAAGCUAUAAAUAUAUGGUUAUGAUGAUUUUUCCCCAUUAAGUUAUUAUCACUACAUGGACUUUGUCUGUACUGUACUAUUAGAUUUUUUUUUUAAUUUAAUCCAGUACUGUUUGUCCUGAUUAGCAAAAGCUUUCCAAAGUCCUCCUGAAAAAUUAUGUAACAGUACUGCUUAUAUGAAACCCUAAAAAGCUGUGAAUGUAGUCUGUGAUUUUUGGCAUAAAUCCAUGCUUCAUCACUAAGCUUUUAAGUUUUUUAAAAAUUUAUUUAUUUCUAUCCCACCUUUAUUAUUAUUACAAAUCACUCAAGGCAGUGAACGUAUCUAACAUACCUUCCAUCUCAUAUUUUUCCCACAACAUCAACCCUGUAAGGUGGGUUGGGCUGAGAGACAGUGACACUGGCCCAAAGUCACCCAGCUGGCUUUCCUGGCUAAGGUGGGACUUUUUCUCCUUUGUAACCAUGAAUGCAAUCACUGAAAAUUCUGAUAGUUAAUAGCAUAAAUAAAAGUUUGCUUCUCUGAAAAAUCCCAUUCCUUUCAAUACUGUCAGUUUUUGGGCUGUGCCUCUUUAGUGCAAAGCACUAUGCCAGGCAACUUGUGCAAAUGAAGCUUUUAAAAAUGCUCAGUUCUUCAUCCAUUACCGAUAUAUCAAUUUAUCCAUAUGAAUUGAUGCAGGAAACGUAUCUCAUUUUGGCAUAUUUUGAACAUGCCUUAGUUGACAUCCUUCCUAAACAUGGUGCCCUCCUAGGCUUAGAUCCAUCAUUGCAGUCAAGGCCACAUUGGCUGUGAAUGAUGAAUAUUUAGGCCCAAUGCAGCUGGAAGACCCUAGCUACUCAUACAUAUUUAUAUGUUCUAGCACAUCUUUCAGCAAAAAUUAGGCCUUUUUGUUUUUAAAACAUAUGUAUAUGGUGGCCUAUAUUCUGCUGGAUAGUAAAGAGGUUAUGAAACUAAUAGCAAGUAGGGAAAUUCCAGGAUUGACAACUACUACCAGACAAAGCUGGUUGAGCCUUCAUCAAAUCCGAAAAAAGACCCAGCAAGAGCUCUUCCAUUACAGACAAAGAAGAAAACAACAAGUGUAGCAAUGUUGUCAUUCCAUAUAUUGCAGGAAUACCUGAAAAGCUCAGAAGGAUUUUCAACCAAAACAACAUACAUGUAUACUUUAAAUCCAAGAAUACAUUAAGGCAGAAGCUUGUCUACCCCAAGGAUAAAACACCCAAACUUAGCAAUGUGAUAUAUGCAAUACAAUGCAGUGAGACACGUGCAGAUCUAUACAUUGGUGAAACAAAACAACCACUUCACAAGAGCAUGGCACAACAUAGGAGAUCUAACCCAUCAGGACAAGAUUCAGUGGUCCAACUGCUUUGAAAGACAAAGGUCACUUUUUUGAAGACCGCAAAGUCCUCAUUUUGGACAGAGAGGACCAUUGAUUUGAAAGAGGGAUAAGAGAAUCCAUCUAUGUUAGAAUUGAACACUCCUCUCUCACCAAAAGGAGAGAAAUAAGACACCACCUAUCUCCAGUCUACAAGAUGGCUCUUGUAGCAGUUCAAGAAGAUUCCACAACCAAUUGCAACCUGAUUCAGGUGACCCUGAGGGCAUAGAUAAAUCCCCAAGUGGCCUCAAUAGCUCUCAAAGAGAGUGCUAACAACCAGAUGACUGCAAAGAAAUGCAAUUCUUCCAUCCACCCCACCAUCCUAUCACAACCUAUCCUUCCAUUCCCCCACCAUCCAGGAUCAACUGUCAAUACUUAUCCUUCCAUUCCCCCACCACCAGAAUUCAUGAAGCGUCUUGGAUGAAAAGCAAAGUGUUUUAUUCUUCUUCCUCAAGGAAAAAACAAUCCAAUUGCCUUUCGGGGGGAAAAAGCACCUUUGAGAUAACUAUGACCUGGAUGACUGAGAAUCUCCACCAACAUUGAUUGGGUUGUUAAGACUGCUGAACUACUGUUAUGAUAAAAGAUACCUAAAAACACAGCUCCAGUGCUAUUGCAGUUUAUUAUAAUUGAACCCCCACUCUUACAUUAUGGGAUACACAAGAUGUCCUACGCAGGCAUCAAGUUUUCCAAUCAUUUUCCUCCUUGUUUGAAUAUUGUAUAAAAGGCAAAGGUGACAGGCAGUGAGCGUACUUUUUUAUUGCUGCAAUAACAAACAAAUUGGGUUGGAUUUCUCUUGCCCUGCGUGUUAUUUGGGGGCCCUCAUGAUGGAUCCUUUUACUUAUACUGGUUUUAUGGCCAACACAUAAAACUUCAACAAUACAAUAAUAUUCAUUUAUUUUAUUUAUUACAUUUGUUUGCCACCCAUGUGACCAAGAGGUGGAUUCUGCUUUAACAUAACAUUGUCUUAAGAACUAAGAAAACCUUCUGUAAUUUACUUUUGGGGCUAUUACUAGUGGACUACUUAUAAAGGUGUUCUCAUUUCCACUUCUGAAAUGGUGAAGAAUGUCCAAUAUUAUUGACUGGCAAAACUCCAGGAUGUAAUCUUGCCCCACCAAAGUGUGUAUUUAAAUGCAUUCAUCGUUCUCUCUCUCUAAAGUUCCUGCUUUAUUUUCCAUUUUUAGCUUAUGCUAUGCAGAAAAAAAAAAAUCUGUUCUCUUUACGAUACCAAACUGAUGAAAGGUUGCUAGUCAUACAGAGAAUUUACAAAGGCAUGAGGGGAGGAAAAAAAAAGAUAAGACAUGAAUUCACACUGCUGAGUUCCACAGAUUCCUUAAAGGUGAAAGUGCUGAGCACAAACUCAAGAGAUUCCAGGUAGCUUGCAGGAUAUUCGCUCAGGAGAUGCAGCAGAUCUUAACAAUUCAAACUGUACCCUUUUACUUUUUAAAAGUAAAGAUUUUAAAUUGGUUUGAAGCAUAGCAUUUGCUGCCCUUUCAUGCUCUUAUCUCCCCAAUGACAGGAAACAACAUCGAUUGCAGAUCUCCUUUUUUUUAAAGUUAUUCACUGUCACACAGCCAUUUCAGACUAGAGCCACCACCGCCCCACACACACACACACACACACACACUUCCCAGCUCCUAACAUUCAUUACAGUGUAAGCAAUGUCCAUUAUAUUAAUCUAUUCUUGGCUGUGUUAGUCAUUUUGCAGCAGGCAGCAUUUCAAGAGCGUGAUUCUGUGUUCCUCAGAAAUGUUUACAUUCACCUUCCAAACGCUGCUUCCUUCCCCCCCCCUUUUUUUCACAUUACGGAAAGGUUGGUAUGAGAGCAGAACGUUUGCUGAUUCAGUGGAUACUUUACAGCUCGUCUUAUUAAGAAGAUGCUAUGUAGAUGUUUACAUACUAAGCCUAACUCCUAUGAGCCUCCAGGCAAGCACUAUUCUAUGGGGAACUGAUUUUCCUGAUGUUUUUCUUCGACCUGCAGAAGCAGCAAUGCCAAAGAACACUGUGGCUGGGCAAAAAAAAAAAAAAAGAUCAGGCUAAACAGCAAAAUGAAUGCAUCCUUCAUCUAGCCCUCCACACACAGCAUCAGCACAGCAAACUUGGGAACAGAAGAUUUUUCUGACUUGAAAGCCCAGGUCUUAGCGGGUUGCCUAUACUUAGCAUCUAAGUAUUCAAGGAUGAAGACCUUAUUCCUGAUCUCUAAAGAAACAUACUACUAUACUGAGGCACUUCUAAUAUUUCAACAAAGCCACACUUGUGGAAAAACAUACUCAGAAAGGUAGAACUGUUUCAGAGAACUGUGGCCAGAAAAAAAAAAUCCGGAGAACAUUUGGAGUUCCAGAAAACAUCUGGAAAGCCAAAGAUGAACCUACUUGAGACAGCAAAAUCAGGGUUUCUAGUCUGCAUUGUGGUUUGCAUUUUCGUCUUCGGUGUUUUCUAUCUACGGAAUAAAAUCUUCAAGGAAGACAAGGAAAAACUCAUCUCGAAAGAGUGUGGUUUUUAUCCAGAUGAACUUUGCUCAGCUCUUUUUGAUGGGAAAGGAGUUGCUUUUCAAAUUGGCCAGCGGUGCCAAGAGGCUUUAGGGGGAAAAGAAAUCUCUGUUUGCAUACAAACACCGUGCAACUGCUCUACACUGCAGAAGAAGCUCCACUUCAUUACCAGGCCAUUGUCAGAAGAAGAAAGGAACUUUUCCUUGGCAUACAUCAUCACCAUUCACAAGGAGCUGGAUAUGUUUAUAAAACUACUCAGAGCCAUUUACAUGCCUCAGAACGUUUACUGUAUACAUAUUGAUGAGAAAUCAUCAGAGGGUUUUAAGCAAGCUGUCCAAAGCUUGGUCAACUGCUUUGAAAACAUUUUUAUUGCUUCAAGGACAGAAAAAGUUGUCUAUGCAGGAUUUUCCAGAUUGCAAGCAGAUAUCAACUGCAUGAAGGACCUGAUUCAUUCAUAUCCUCAAUGGAAUUACGUUAUUAAUCUAUGUGGUCAGGAUUAUCCCAUCAAAACUAACAAGGAACUUAUACACUAUAUUAAAAGUAAAUGGAACAGUAAAAAUAUAACUCCGGGAAUUGUUCAGCCACCUCAUAUGAAACACAGAACUUAUUUCGGUUACCAAGAAAUUGUACGUUCAGGAAAAUCGUAUGUCUAUCCAACUAAUAAGGUGAAAAGUGAACCACCCCACAAUUUGACCAUAUAUUUUGGGACUGCAUACUAUGUACUCACAAGAAAAUUUGUAGAGUUUACCCUGACUGAUGAACGUGCAAAAGAUUUGCUUGAAUGGUCAAGAGACACCUACAGUCCAGAUGAGCAUUACUGGGUCACCCUGAACCACAUACCAGAUGCUCCUGGUGCUACUCUAAACACAACUUGGCAAGGAAAUAUACGAGCAAUCAAGUGGAAAAAUCAAGAAGGAGAAGUCCACAAUGGCUGCAAAGGACAUUAUGUCAGAGAAAUUUGCAUCUAUGGACUUGGAGACUUAGAGUGGCUUAUUAAUUCUCCUCAUUUAUUUGCCAACAAAUUUGAGCCAGCAACAUACCCACUUGUCAUGGAGUGUCUAGAAAGGUAUUACAGAACAAAGUUGCUCCAGCAAGCUGAAGUUCCUUUGGAAACACACUGGCAUUUGGAAGAAUAGACUGCUCUGCACAUCUCAACUAACCAUAAUCUCUAUGAAGGGCAAAGCAGAACCAAAAACAUGAUACAUUUCAAAAUGUAUGUUCCAAAGAGGGAUACUGCAUCAUAAGUAUUUAGCAUCUUGAACCUGAGAACAGAAAGGAACUUUCUGAACAUGAAGAUUCAAUAUGCACAGUUCUAGUGUCUUUACAAACAUUAAUUUCUCUGGGCCUGCUUUUUUUUCUCUUUUUUUCCUUUUGUUUUACACAAUUGCUCUGAAACACAUAAUUGGUGUUUAUUGUCUUAGAUACUUAGACAAUAGUUUCUAGUCGUUGUUUAGCAACUGCUGGCAGUUAUGAAGAUGAUGUAAAAGUAACUCUAUGACCAAUCCUUGCAUUUACAACUGGUUGGCAGCCUGCCAGCACUUAUGAUUGGCCGCAGAUUGCAAGUUUGUAAAGCAAAGAAGAUCAUAAGCACAAUAGAAAUUUACUUCACGACUGUUUUGCUUAACAACCGAGUUGUGGUCAAUAAGCAAGGACGAGAGAAUACCUGUGCUCUCUUUCACAUAAAUCUCUUUCUAAUAGAAUGUUUGCUCUUUUAAAUGAACUAUUUAAAAAUAGCGUCCUGACUUAAGUCUCUGAAGUUAAAUGCGGCUAAAUCAGUGGUUCUCAACCUGUGGGUCGGGACCCCAUUUGGGGUCGAACGACCAUUUCACGGGGGUCGCCAAACAACGCAAUCCGCCAUUUUUUCCCCCUUUUCCUUAGCUGUGCUACUC